AUUCCGAGAAGGAGCUCCACGACGCGGCGAAGCGUAACGACACGGCCAGGAUGGAGGAGCUCAUCAAAAAAGGGGUUGAUAUCAAAGCCAAGAACAGCACGGACCGAACUGCCCUGCACUGGGCUGCAGGAGCAGGGAAUGAGGAGGCCGUGCGGCUGCUCCUGGACCACGACGCCCCGGUGGAUGAUGAAGACAGUUUUGGGAUGAACGCGCUUCUCCUGUCUGCCUGGUUCGGACACCUCCGUGUCCUGCAGAUCCUCGUCAAUGCCGGGGCCAAAAUUAACUGUGUCAAUAAGAAUGGCAGGAACCUGCUCCACUGCGCAGCUCAGCGAGGACACAUCCCGGUGCUGGAGUUCAUCAUGGAAGACCUGGAGGACAUGUGUGUGGAUGAGACAGACAAGGCAGAGAGGACAGCGCUUCACCUGGCUGCAGAGUAUGGGCAGCUGGACGUGGUGGAGUUCCUAAUUCGACUGGGUUGUUCUCACAGUGCUAAAGACAAGGAAAAGAAUACAGCAUUGCAUUUAGCUGCUAAAAAUGGACAUCUGUCUGUGCUGCAGAAGAUUUUAGGCAUUGGAGUGGACCUUGAUGAAAAGAACUUAGAAGGACUAACAGCCCUGCACCUGGCUGCCGAGGGGGGACACGGCACCUGUGUGAAGCUGCUCUUGGAGGCAGGGGCGGACGUUAAUGCCCAAACCCAGAAGAGGAUGAACUGCCUUCACUACGCAGCGCUGCACGGCCAUGAGGAGAUAGCCAGGGUCCUCCUGGGUGCAGGAAUCCACAGGGAUGCAGUUAAUCACCAAAAUGCAUCAGCUACACACAUUGCAGUGCUACAGAACUUCCCAGCCGUGGUGAAGAUCCUCAUUGAUGCGGAGUGUGACCUCGACAUUCCGGAUAACAGGCAGCAGACUCCACUCCACAUCGCUGCAGAGCAUGGCAGGCAGGACAUCGCUGAGAUGAUUCUCAUUGCAGGGGUCAAUCUGAAGCUGACAGACAAGCAAGGAAAAACAUCUUUGGAUGUUGCUGCUCGAGGCAAUCACAUCAACGUGGCAGACAUGAUCAUCAAAGCUGAUCGGUUUUACAAAUGGGAAAAGGACAACCUAAACAGUGAUUCUGACUCCUGGGUAGCAAAACAUUUGACUUUUAAGCAAGAUCACAGGCUGGAAACACAGCACAUUCGCUCAGUAAUGUGGAGAUUAGCUACUAAAUACCUCAAACCUGGUGAGUGGAAGAAGCUGGCGCAUUACUGGAAGUUCACGGACGCGCACAUCAGAGCCAUUGAGCAGCAAUGGACAGGUACGAAAAGUUACAGGGAACAUGGCCAUCGGAUGCUGCUUAUUUGGCUUCAUGGUGUGAUCACGGCAGGAGAAAAUCCUAUCAAGGGAUUAUAUGAAGGUCUUGUGGGGAUUGGAAGAAGAGAUUUAGCAGAAAGCAUUAGGAAAAAAGCCAACGCAGACUCCGCUUCUCCAAAGAAGUGCACAGCAAUGUGA